AUUCAUAAGCCUAGGAAGUCCAAGGAGGGAGAAGCUAUCCUGGCCCCUAGCAGUCUUCCCACUCCAUGCAUGUGACUCUCAUCUCCCCCAGGGGAGGGGGUGGUGUAGGGCAGGUCUGGAUAGCUGGGAGACAUCAUUCUAGCCCCCUCUACACCCCUCCCUUCCUCCCUUUCUCUGUCCACUGGGAGGCAGAAGACAGGAAAUGACUGCCAUGCAUCUGGUAUGAUUUUUACCAAAACAGCAUUUUGCAGCUCAGCCCCAUGCUGUUCCCAGCUGUUUUCCUCUGGUACCAGCCAGGUGGCCGCCUCCUAUGUUCCCCUCCCCAUCCCUUCACAUGACUUCGGCCUUCAGCUUCUAAGCUCCUGGCUGCUUUCCACAUUCCGCUCGCCUUCCAGAACCCAGGCAUCCUGGUCUCCAGCUGAAACCGUUGCAUGUGGCUUUCCCCAUCCCUGGCCCCGUGACUCAGUCCCUCUGAAGGGAGCAGCCCUCUUUUUUGGCAAUCACCAGGAGGUAGGGAAGGAGGAGGGAAGCUAGGUCGUUACAUCACAGUCAAAGGUUAUAAAAGCUUCCAGCCAAACAGCAUUGAAGUUGAAGAUACAACCUGACAGCACAGCCUCAGAUCCUGGGGAUCCCUCAGCCCAGCACCACAGACAUUGGGUGAUAGAUUCCUGCUGCAUCAAGGCCUACUCACUGUCUCCAUGCUGGGCCCUCCCUGCCUUCUGUGGUUCCUGGUCGUGACCUUCCUGGUUCCCAGAGGUCAGCCCUUGACCCCUCAAGACUUUGAAGAGGAGGAGGAAGAUGAGACUGAGACGGCGUGGCCGCCUUUGUCAGCCGCACCCUGCGACUACGACCACUGCCGACACCUGCAGGUGCCCUGCAAGGAGCUACAGAGGGCCGGGCCGGCGGCCUGCCUGUGCCCAGGACUCUCCAGCCCUGCCCAGCCGCCCGACCCGCCGCGCAUGGGAGAAGUGCGCAUUGUGGCCGAGGAGGGCCGCGCAGUGGUCCACUGGUGUGCCCCCUCCUCCCCGGUCCUCCUCUACUGGCUGCUGCUCUGGGACGGCAGCGAGGCUGCUCAGAAGGGACCCCCGCUGAAUGCUACGGUCCGCAGAGCCGAACUGAAGGGGCUGAAGCCUGGGGGCGUGUAUGUCAUUUGUGUGGUAGCCGCUAACGAGGCCGGGGCAAGCCCCGUGCCAGAGGCUGGAGGAGAGGGCCGCAAAGUGGCUGACAUCCGCCCCUUUGGGCCGUGCAGCCGCCUCGUGGUGCCGCCCAACCCCCACACCCUGGUCCACGCGGCCAUUGGGGUGGGCAUGGCCCUGGCCCUGGUGAGCUGUGCCGCCCUGGUGUGGCAUUUCUGCCUGCGCGAUCGCUGGGGCUGCCCGCGCCGAGCCACCGCCCGAGCCUCAGGGGCGCUCUGAAAGGGGCCUGAGGGCAUCUCGGGCACAGCCAGCCCCACUUGGGGCGCUCAGCCCGGCCCCCCCGGAGAAGACGGGGACCCUGCUGCCACCAGGGCAGGCUGGACGGCGAGCUGGGAGGCAGCGCCAGGGCCACAGCGGAGUCUUGGUUCUCUGGGCUGAGCGCUUGUUUAGGUAGCGGGCUUGGCGCUUUGUUUCCUGACUGAGGUCUGGGAAGGAGUAGAAAGAGUCCCCACAUUUUUUUUUAAAGGACCAGAUAGUAAAUAAUGUAGUCUUUGCAGUUUAAGAGGAUAAAAUCGAGGAUACUAUUAUGUUGGGUACUUAUAUGACCUUUGUAACCAUUUAAAAAUGUAUGAACCACCCACCCGACAUGAAAAUGCAAACCUAUAGUAGCAGCUACUCCGGAGGAUGAAAUGGGAGGAUCUCUUGAGCCCAGAUAUCCAAGUCCAGGGCAACAUGGCCAGACCCCUUCUUCUUCUUUCUUCUUCUUUUUUUUUUUUUUUUUGAGACAGAGUCUUGCCCUGUUGCCAGGCUGGAGUCAGUGGCUCGAUGGAUCUCAGCUCACUGCAACCUUUGCUCCCAGGUUCAAGCGACUCGCCUGUCUCAUCCUCCCAAGUAGCUGGGAUUAUAGGCACACACCACCAGGCCCUGCUUUUUGUAUUUUAGUAGAGACUAGGUUUCACAGUAUUGGCCAGGCUGGUCUCGAUCUCCUGACCUUGUGAUCCACCCACCUCAGCCUCCCAAAGUGCUGGGAUUACAGGCGUUAGCCACCGAGACUGUUUUUUUUUUUUUUUUUUUUUUUUUUUUUAAGAGGGAGUCUUACUCUGUUGCCCAGGCUGGAGUGUGGUCUCGAUCUCCUGACCUUGUGAUCCACCCACCUCAGCCUCCCAAAGUGCUGGGAUUACAGGCGUUAGCCACCGAGCCUGUUUUUUUUUUUUAAGAGGGAGUCUUACUCUGUUGCCCAGGCUGGAGUGUGGUCUCGAUCUCCUGACCUUGUGAUCCACCCACCUCAGCCUCCCAAAGUGCUGGGAUUACAGGCGUUAGCCACCGAGCCUGUUUUUUUUUUUAAGAGGGAGUCUUACUCUGUUGCCCAGGCUGGAGUGUGGUCUCGAUCUCCUGACCUUGUGAUCCACCCACCUCAGCCUCCCAAAGUGCUGGGAUUACAGGCGUUAGCCACCGAGCCUGUUUUUUUUUUUUUUUUUUUUUUUUUUUUUUUUUUUUUAAGAGGGAGUCUUACUCUGUUGCCCAGGCUGGAGUGUGGUCUCGAUCUCCUGACCUUGUGAUCCACCCACCUCAGCCUCCCAAAGUGCUGGGAUUACAGGCGUUAGCCACCGAGCCUGUUUUUUUUUUUUAAGAGGGAGUCUUACUCUGUUGCCCAGGCUGGAGUGUGGUCUCGAUCUCCUGACCUUGUGAUCCACCCACCUCAGCCUCCCAAAGUGCUGGGAUUACAGGCGUUAGCCACCGAGCCUGUUUUUUUUUUUAAGAGGGAGUCUUACUCUGUUGCCCAGGCUGGAGUGUGGUCUCGAUCUCCUGACCUUGUGAUCCACCCACCUCAGCCUCCCAAAGUGCUGGGAUUACAGGCGUUAGCCACCGAGCCUGUUUUUUUUUUUUUUUUUUUUUUUUUUUUUUUUUUUAAGAGGGAGUCUUACUCUGUUGCCCAGGCUGGAAUGUGGUCUCGAUCUCCUGACCUUGUGAUCCACCCACCUCAGCCUCCCAAAGUGCUGGGAUUACAGGCGUUAGCCACCGAGCCUGUUUUUUUUUUUAAGAGGGAGUCUUACUCUGUUGCCCAGGCUGGAGUGCAAUGGCACCAUCUUGGCUCUACAACCUCUACCUCCCGAGUUCAAACAAUUCUGCCUCAGCCUCCUGAGUAGCUGGGAUUAUAGGUGCCCACUACCAUGCUCAGCUAAUUUUUUUUUUUUUUUUUUUUUUUGGUAGAGACAGGGUUUUACCAUGUUGGUCAGGCUGGUCUCGAACUCUUGACCUCACGUGCUUCACCCACCUCAGCCUCCUAAAGUGCUGGAAUUACAGGCAUGAGCCACUGCACCCGGCCAGACCCCCUUCUUUAAAGAUGUGAAAACCAUUCUUAGUUCAUGGGCCAUACAAAUCAGACCACUGGCUCCUUGGCUGUAGCUAGUUGACGUGGAUCAUACACCUUCUAAAGGGCUCUGUCACUGUGGGUGGCUUCAGUGGGAUUUUGAGAAUAAGUUUACAUUCUUGUUAGGUAAAACAAAACAAAAACAAUAAUAUCAAGGAAUUUCUCCUCCCCUUUUCCCUCCAUUUGUAUUUAUUGUAUAUCCACUUUAACAAUAUUAAAGGACCUUUAAAAGGAA